GCAGCGCCGCGGUAGUCCUGCGGCGUCGCGCGGCGGCCGGAGCGACCCCCGGGAGGGAAGGAGAACGCGCCGGUGAAGCCUCGGCGUUGUGGAGCGCGCUCCCGCGUGACUCCGAAGACCCCGCGGUGGGUGCCGGCCUCCAGGGGUCUAGGCAGGGCGUCGUGCUCAGAGGCGCUGGGGCUGCUCGGCCUGGGCGGGGUUGGGGGCCUCGGAGGGCGCCUCCGGGAGCGGGCGCAGGGGCAUCACCCGGAGAGCGCCCGGGACGGCGGAUCCUGACUCGCCCUGGAGCCUGGCCGCGGGACCGCGUGGCGACGGGGCAGGUGUGCGGUCCCAGCCAUGCCCAGCCUCAGAGCUCGCUCUGAAGAGGCAGAAAUGGAGCCCUCAGUUCCUGGACCAUCCCCUUGGAUCCCUGCAGCCCAGGCCUGUGUGAAUGAUGCUUCUGUUGUGACCCACGCUGGAUCUGCACUCCAUGAUCCCCACUGCUGUGGCUACACUGAGCCAGGAACCACCCCCUCUCACCUUCAGCAGCCAGAUUGGGACACCAGGACUAAGGGCAAGGAAUUUCUUCAGAAGAAAGAAGUUUCUGAGGAUUUGGAAUCACAGGCAGAAAUAUCAGAAAACUAUACCAGUGAUUUUUCUCAGGCACCUGAGCUUGGAGAACUCUGUGAUGAUGUACUGGAGAGAGAUUGGGGAACCCCUGACAGUGAGAGACGGGUGCAGUCAAUCUACCAGGAGGGGGGCUUUACACCAGUGGCAGUGCUCCUUAGGAGCCCCUUAGAGAAAGAGCUGGGCUGUGAUGACUUUGUAAGAAGCAUCAGUCUGAGCCCAAACCCAACAGCAUCUCAGGGAAUUCCUACAGAAGAGAGGCCACAUCUGUAUGACAUGUGUGGCCACAGCUUCCAACACAGUAUGGACUUAAGUAGCCACGAGGGGCUUCACGUAGCCGAAAGCCCACUCAUAUGUAAUGAUUGUGGGAAAACCUUCAGAGGAAACCCUGAUCUUAUUCAGCAUCAGAUAAUCCAUACUAGACAGAAGUCCUUCAUAUGCAAUGAAUGUGGAAAAUCCUUCAGCCAGAACUCAUUUCUUAAAAAUCAUCAGAGGUCUCAUGUGAGUGAAAAACCCUACCAGUGCAGUGAGUGCAGGAAAACCUUCAGUGUGCACUCAAACCUCAUUAGGCAUCAGAUUAACCACAGCGGAGAGAAGCCUUAUGUAUGCAAUGAAUGUGGAAAAGCCUUUAGCCAGAACUCAAGCCUUAAAAAGCACCAGAAGUCUCACAUGAGUGAGAAGCCCUAUGAAUGCAGUGAAUGUGGGAAGGCCUUUAGGCGGAGCUCAAACCUCAUCCAACAUCAAAGAAUUCAUUCUGGAGAGAAGCCGUAUGUGUGCAACGAAUGUGGGAAGGCCUUUAGGCGGAGCUCAAAUCUCAUUAAACACCACAGGAUUCACACAGGUGAGAAACCUUUUCAAUGUAAUGAGUGUGGGAAAGCAUUCAGCCAGAGCUCACACCUGAGGAAGCAUCAGAGGGUUCACACUGGAGAGAGACCUUACGAGUGUAAUGAGUGUGGCAAACCAUUCAGCCGGGUCUCCAACCUCAUUAAGCAUCACAGGGUUCACACUGGAGAGAAACCUUAUAAGUGCAGUGACUGUGGGAAGGCCUUCAGUCAGAGUUCAAGCCUCAUUCAACAUCGGAGAAUUCACACUGGAGAAAAGCCUCAUGUAUGUAAUGUGUGUGGAAAAGCCUUUAGUUACAGCUCCGUGCUCAGAAAGCACCAGAUAAUCCACACGGGAGAGAAACCGUAUGAAUGUAGCAUCUGUGGGAAGGCCUUCAGCCACAGCUCAGCCCUCAUUCAGCAUCAGGGUGUGCACACGGGUGACAAGCCCUAUGAGUGUCGAGAAUGUGGAAAAACAUUUGGUCGGAGCUCCAACCUUAUUCUUCACCAGCGAGUUCACACUGGAGAGAAACCCUACGAAUGUACCGAAUGUGGAAAAACCUUCAGCCAGAGUUCAACUCUCAUUCAGCAUCAGAGAAUCCAUAAUGGAUUGAAACCCCAUGAAUGUAACCAGUGUGGUAAAGCCUUCAACCGAAGCUCAAACCUCAUUCACCACCAGAAAGUUCACACUGGAGAGAAGCCGUACACGUGUGUCGAAUGUGGUAAGGGCUUCAGCCAGAGUUCACACCUUAUUCAACAUCAGAUAAUCCACACUGGUGAAAGGCCGUAUAAGUGCAGUGAGUGUGGGAAGGCCUUCAGUCAGCGUUCAGUCCUCAUCCAGCACCAGAGGAUACAUACCGGCGUGAAGCCCUAUGACUGCUCUGCUUGUGGGAAAGCCUUCAGCCAGCGCUCCAAGUUGGUCAAACACCAGCUGAUCCACUCCAGGGAAUGAAACAGAGUACAGCUCCAUUCCUGACUCCUCUGGCCAUGUCCCAGCUUCACCCACCUCCCAGACUUGAAGCCAGGUUCACUUGCUGCCCUCUACCCCCACAUCCCACUGUCCACAAAGCCCAGACCCUCCUUCCCCUGCCAUCACUCCUGCUUCCUGUGACCUCUUGUUUCUUGUUUGUUUUGCUUGUACAUUUUGUUAUCAGACUGCCACAAUUGUUAGGAGGGAAAAGAUGAUAGAAGCUGCAUAUUCAUGAAUAGAUUUUAUUACUAUAAUCAAACAGAACCAAAAAAGUAAACUGACAUUUGGUUCGAAAUAACCACAGGAAUUCUUUUCUUUGGUAAUUAGUCAUAGAGUGAACUCUUUGUGUAUGGUUAUAAUUAAUAUUCUGCUUACAUAAAAUCAGGUCAA